GGUAGAACCAGCUUAAGAACCAGGCCAGGAACCAGUUCACGGUCACUGUCUCCCCAGAGGAAGCUCAGUAAAGAGGAACUCAGAGCUGCACUGAAUCACUACAGCUGUUUUAAAGGAGAAGUGAAGAAUUGUGGGAAAUGAAGUCCAUCAGUGUAGUCUGUGCCGUGGCUCUCACCGUCACCUGCAUCUGCAUCCUGCAGACCACAGCAGUACCGUUCUCUCAGUCCGAGACUCAUCCUCAGGCCGAGCAGCAGCAGCAGAUGGACAGUGAAGUUCCUCAGUCAGAACAGCAGUGGACUGCAGCCUCAGCAGCAGAGGAGACACUGAGGCCUGAGGAGGUGCUGUUCAGGACCAAGCGUCAGAGUCACCUCUCGCUGUGCCGGUACUGCUGCAACUGCUGCAAGAAUAAAGGAUGCGGCUUCUGCUGCAGAUUCUAAUAACCUGGACCCGGCUCAUAUAUUACUGAGAAAUCCAGAGACUUUUAACUUAUUUAUCGAACUGAAAUCAUCCCUGCUGCACAUCCUGUCAUCUUCCACUGAUUUCCUGAAGCGGUGACAGCAUCUCAACAAAGCUAAUGCUAAUGCUAAACGGGUCUAAACAGCCUUGACCUCUCUAGAAGCUUAUGUAAAGCUUAAAUAGCUUCAUUUAGCAUUAUUAGCUAAUUGUUUUAUCAGUGAAUGGCAGGAAAAUACUUAUUCUGUAUGCUUAUUCUAUAUUGAUGGAUGUUUUUGACUGUAUUUUGUAUAUUUUUAUGCAUGUUGUACAUAUAUUAACUCACGCAUUAAGUGAACUUUUUGUGAUACGGCGUUUUUAAUAAACAUGUUUCAUAAAAUUUA